AUGCAACACAACUUUCUCAGGCACAACAGUAACCAGGUAGAAGUCAUCCUCAUUGAAUCCAAAGCCAUCCUCAGCCAAGAUGGACCAGUACUGACACUGGUUUCCCCUCCACCAUUGACAAUACAAGUGCUCUACAUCAACUCUACCAUGCUCCUGAUCAACCGUACAUUAGACAACACCAGUGCAGAGGAGCAAAUCGUCUACAGAGCCUGCGGGGAAAAAACAGCUGUUCUCUUGUUUUACCUUAUUCUGCAGUCCAUCAAUUUUGUCCUGGGAAUCCCAGCCAAUGUCAUGGUCUUGUGGCUCAUUCACAAGAACAAAAGGGACUCCACUACUUCAGACAUCUUCAUUUUGCACUUGGCUGCCCUAGACACCUUCUUUUGCCUCAUUCCUCCACUAGAAUAUGCUAACCUCUUGUACUUUACAACCACAAACCACGCUUGGUAUGUUCUGGGCUUUUUCUAUGGCGUUAAAGACUCAUCACCACUUUUCUUGUCGUGCAUUUGUCUCGACCGGUACGUGGCUGUCCUGCAUCCUGUCACCUUCACUGAACUGAAAGACAAGCGCCAUCGCGCUGUAUGCGCUGGGGUGGUGUGGAUUUUCACUCUAUGCUAUGCAGCAUUGAAGAGCACGAGCAAAAUCCCCAACUUCGACAAGGCUUUCACAGUCAUGAUCCUGGCUGCCUUUACCUUUAUGGUGUUUUGUAAUAUCUCUAUACUUUGGGCAUUGAGGAAGUCAGGGCCAGGGCAAGACAAAAUGCAUCCAGUUAAGAAGAAGGCUUUCAGGAUGGUGCUCAUUAUCUUAGCUAUCAUCAUCUUCAACUACUUUCCGCCCGUGGCCCUCUUCCCAUUCAGGGAAUAUUACGAUCCAGAUGUGUUCAGAUGCUACAUCCACUACUUGGCUUUUGGACUCAUGGACAUCAGCAGCAGCAUUCAGCCGAUACUUUACCUAUCCAGAGAGAUAACACCUGAGGUGUCAGACUGCUGCUGCUGUGGUAGAGAACAGACAGUAGAUAGGAGUGAGCCAUCCAUCACUGUCUCCACUGUCAGCGCUUCAGAUAGGCCUUUUGUGGUUUAA